AAUGCAGAAGGUACUCCGAUUAAAAAAUUGACAAUUUCUCACAAAGUAAAUUGGCAGUCAUGAUGGCGGUGUUGGAGACAACAAAAGUCUUCUUGCAAUUAUGUUUCUGUGUACUUCUCGCCGGCACAAGUCUUGCUUCUGGGGAAGGAUCAAGAGAAUGGAGCAGUUGGUCCGAGUGUAGUCAGACGUGUGGGUACGGUGUUGAAUAUCGACACCGUCCGUGCCUGCGGGGCGAUCAUGCGGAGUGUGACGUUUCAGAACUGGGACAGCUGAAAAGAUGUAAAAUCCGAGAAUGUCCAAUAGACGGAGGUUGGAGUUCUUGGGGGAGAUGGCGAAGUUGUAGCAAGACCUGUGGCCUGGAUGGAGUCCGGAUCAGGUACCGGGGCUGUUCUAAUCCGAAGCCUCAGUUUGGCGGUUUGCCGUGUCAGGGAGAGAGACGAGAAGAGAUGCCGUGUUCUUCACUCCAGCCGUGCCCAAUCGACGGAGAAUGGACUGCCUGGACGGACUGGGGUCCAUGUCGGGCAAGGGUUUGCAGGAAACUGGGCAACCGUGUUAGGAAAAGGUCAUGCAGUAAUCCAGAACCCCAGCACGGCGGGAGAAGUUGUGAUGGCUCAGGCUUUCAGACUGAGAAGUGCAAGAAGGCCGGUUGUCCAGUCCACGGAGGAUGGAGCCAGUGGACAGAUUCAUCUGAGUGUUCUUCUCCAUGCGGCUACAGCACCAGGAACCAGACCAGGAGUUGCACCAAUCCGAUCCCUACCAAUGGGGGAAAAGAAUGCGAGGGAGAGUCAUCAAAACAGGUCCGAUGUUGGGGCCUUCCCGAUUGUGAAGGGGAAUCUCCUAGCCUGGUUUCUUCUUGGGAAUGUGAAAGUGUCAGUCAGCAACCGACAACUCCAGAGUUAGUGGAGCCAGAAGAGAGUCCGUUAUCCUCUGUCAGCUCAGUCUUGUCUGAGGGUGCCGUAAAGUCAUCAUCCUCUAUCCCUGAUCCCGCAACUCCGGGCGAAGGGAUAUUAUCAUCAUGGGUCAGCGCUGAAUUUGAUAAUAAUCCUGGAGAGUUACCGCAAGGUGGUAGCCCCACUCCAGAUCCGGGCAACUUUGGCACAUUAUCAUGGAUCAGCAACGAUGAGAGUUCUUUUGGUGAAUCUCCCAACGCUGGAGAGUCGCCAGGCAUGCCAGGUGGUGGUAGUCCCCCUGCAGCAGCUACUCCGGUCAACUCGGACGACGGAGGGUUGCCAGAGUGCGUCUAUACAAGCGAUUCAUCUGGUUUAUCUUAUAUUUGCACCUAAAGUCUUUUUGUGUUUUUUUUUUGUUUGGGGUUAAAUAUCCCUAUAAGGAGGAUGCCGCGCUCUUCCGAUGCCCAUUCAUUACUAGAUUAUAAUGGAAGCAUACAUUAAAUGGGAAUACUGCAAUGAUAAAAUCUGCAUGGGAAACAGUUGAAUAAAAAAACGAGUGUACAUGAUGCAUAAAUGAAUGAGGAGGCAACUAGAAAGGGAAAGCCUUAUUUCAUGGUAUUAUAGGCAGAGUUUUCAGGAUUAUAUUCCUUAUGUUUAGCUUUGCACUUUCUAUGUUUUUCUGGGAAUAUAUGAGAUAAAGUGUGCAAAUAAUCUUUGUCAAAGAAACAUAAAGAAAACACCACUAAGAGAGGGUUGUAUACAUACGUUACAUGGCCGUACGCAGAUUUUUUUUUUUUCUGGGGGGGGGCAAGCAUGAGCAAGACGCAUAGGGGCACCGUUGCAUUUCCAAAGUGAAAUUUGAGAAUUUAGUGAGCACUUGUGGAAUUUUCGGUAAAAAAACGAAUUUUAAUAAUUUAUUGGGGUAACUGCCCCCUUGUCCCUCACCCCAGCCCCCUCCCCCCCGCAGCUUACGGCCAUGAUAUGAUCCAUUUCUGUUUGUUUCUGUUUGUGGUAACUCCAGUAAGAACUCGGCAAGACAGCAUUUUUGUUGGUAAACGCCAAGCUGGUAUAUAACCAAUUACCUUGGAAGCAUUUACGUCUAGGUUAAUCAGUC